AUGGCAGCUUUGGGCAACGACGUGGUGCUGGGUCUCCUCGGGACGGGCAAGAUCGGCAGCGCCGUCAUGACGGGCUACUGCUCGCCCGUCGCCGCCAAGUCGACGUGGGAGCCGAAGGCCAUCUUCGUGAGCCCGCGCGGGACGGAGAAGGCCAAGGCGCUGCAGGCCAAGUUCCCGGCCAAGGUCACGAUUGCGGCCACGAACCAGGCCGUCAUUGAUGCGUCCAACGUCAUCUUCAUUGGUUUGCUCCCGGACGUUGCGCGCCAGGAACUGCCGGCGCUCCACUUCCCGUCGCAUGUCACGGUCAUCUCGAUGAUGGCCACGAUCCCGUACGACGAGCUCGUGCAGCUUGUGC